AUGAAUAAAAGUGUAAAUAAUAAUAAUGGAAUUAAAAAGAAUAAUAACAACAACAAUAAUAAUAAUAAUAAUAGUAAUGAUAAUAACAAAAAUAAUAAUGAUGAUAAUGAUGAUGAUGAUAAUAGUAAUGAUAAUUUAAAGAUAAAAAUUAAAAAAAUACUUGUUAAUACUGUAAAGAGCUAUGAGAUCAAUAAGAAUAUAGAUGAAAUUACGAAACUUUAUCAAAAAGAUAAAGAUACAGUUUAUUCAGUGUUGAUCGAUUAUUUAAAGUUGGUGGUGGAAAACGGAAGAGUGGUGAAUAAUGAUGAUAGUGACGAUACAACUAAUAGCAAUCAGAAUAAACUAUUGUCAUUCUAUGCAAGACUAUCGGUUUCAUUGUCAUUCUCAAAUACAUUACUGAAAAGAGUUUCGAAAUGGUUAAAAAAUAAUAAUGAUCAAUUACCAUUCCUCUUUAUUUUACCUAAAAUCAUUAAAUCGAUUUUAGAUCUUUAUAAAUCAUCAACAUCUACAUCUAUAUCAACAUUAACAAACAGCUUUAUAAAUAGAUUGAACGAUCAAAGAUUACAUAAAUAUGAUUGUAUUAGAUUGGUUAGUUUGAAAGCAUUGAUUUCACUUCAGAGAUUUGAAGAUGAGCGGUUGGAAGUUACCAAUCUAUUGAAUGAGUCGAUCAAGUUGGAAAUUGAUAGUCAUAGAUACUAUAUCGAAAAGAAUAUGUUAAUAUCAAUCAAUUAUUUAGAUAAAUUCCUUUUAAAUAUCAACAACAGUAACAACAACAACAGCAGCAAACUGACUAUAGAUGAUAGAAUCAAUAUCCUCAAGAGAGUCAGUCAAUUCUCAUUGGAUGACAUUGGUUUACAAUCUAGAUUGUUACUGGUGAGUGAUGGUAUCUUCGAUUGUAGUAGUCCUCAACAUUACAAACUGGUAAAGAAUUUUAUUAUCAACACUUGGUUGAAAGAAUUGAAUUUAGAUAUUGUCAAAUUAAUAAGUAGUUUGAAUGUAACAGAGAAUAGUAAAGUUUGUAAAAAGAUAUUGUAUAGUUUGUUCAACGAUGGAUACUACCCAGAUACCAAUGAAUAUUUGAAUCUUGAAAUUGAGAGUGUUGAUCAACAUACUCCAUCUUCUUUAUUUUGUUGGAGACAUUUCAUUGAUUUCACAAGAGAUAAUAUUAGUUUGGACGGAUUGGAUGAUAUUUUAGAAGAGAUAACUCCAAGUGCCAAAGAAUGGUUAAAGUUGAUCGAUAGUUGUUCAAAUGAUAACUUUAUAUUGAUACAAAUUGUAAAGAUAUUAAAAAACUAUUCGAUAUCAACUCCUCAUUUUAUUGAUAGUUGUGUUGCCAAGUUUGAACCAUUCUUAUUCUCUUUGGAUAUAGAUAUAUCACUUAAAUUACAAUUAAUGUCAUUGUUUAAAUCAUUUAAAUGGAUUGAUUUCAAUAGUUUCUAUUUACAUAUUAUCUCUGAUAUUGAAGUACCAAUGGAUUUCUCAGAUGAAGAGAAGAAGCUUACUUUUAUCAGAAAAUAUCAUGCUCUUUGUUUGAUUGAGAAUUAUUAUGAUCAUUCUUAUAUGACAAAGAGUGAAAUAGAUUUCAUUGGACAUUUAGAUUAUUUUCUUCCAUGUUUAGGUGAGAGUACAAUAUUUGAUUUAUUACUUGUUAAAUCAACUGGUUUGAUCAGUCAUUACAAUAUUUUCACUACCUACAUCAAAUCGAAUCAACUUCAUAUUCAAAAGGAUUACCGAGAUUUAAUUUACUGUGGAACUAUUAAAUUAUAUUAUCAUGGUUAUAAUAUAUUUCAAAUGGGAUUCAAUGAAUUGACAAUUAAAUACUUCCAACCGGAUUAUUUGAAUGUCGAAUCUCACCAGACAUUCGAUAUAUUGGCAAAUGAAACAGAGAUAAAACAAAAGUUUUUAGUGAGCUCUAUGAUUACCACUCUCGAGUAUUUCUUUUGCUUCAAGAACCACUCAAACGCCACGAGCAAAUCAAAGAUAAUCACAAGUAUUUGCGAUUACUAUUUCUCAAAAGCAGAGUUACUUUCACAAUCCAAAGUCAGUGGUCAUAGAAAUAUAUCAAUUGAUAUAUUAAUACAUUUAUUAAUAAUUAUUUCAACUUUUGAAAGAUAUGGUAAUACAUUAUGCUUAUGCUUAAACUUAAAGAAAUGGAAAUUGUUUGAUUACUUUCCUUUGUUGAAAAUCGUUGAAUUGAUAUCUAUUGCCAUCAGAUCAACUGUGAAAUCUAAACAAUCAAUCAAGUUACUACAACAGUUUAAGAAUAUCGUUGAGAAACAACUACAAAAACAAGAGCAACCAUCAAAUAGACCAACAAUAGACACCCAAUCGCUCAACAACAAUGUAAAUAACUAUAAAACAUAUAUUGCAAGUAUUAAAGAUAACAAGUUUAUGAUAGAAAUUGAUAAAGUAUUGAAUGAUAAAUUAGAAAGCAAUAAUAAUGAUAAAAGAAUUAUACUUUAUGAUAAUAAUAAUAAUGACAACAACAAUAAUAAUUUUAAUAAUAUAUUAAAUCAAUUUGAUCAAGCAGUACAAAAACAAUUAGAAUACAAUAUUGUUCAAGAAGAAGAAGAUGAUGAUGAUCAAGGAAAGCAUGUCAAUAAUGAAGAUAAGAAAGCAGAAGUAGUAGAUGUAGUAGAUGUAGAAAAUGAAGAACAAGAAGAAUAUAUUUAUUAUGAAUUAGUAGAUCAAUCACUUGGUUCAAGUGACGAAGAAGAGGAUGUAGAAUAUAUGUAUAUCAAUAAUAGUGAUAUUGAAGCAGUAUCUGAAUAUGAUAUAGAACCAACGAAUCCAAAGAGAUCAAGAUCAGUUUAUUAA